UAUUAUUAUUAUUCUGUGAUUAAUACUUCAAUGGUUUAAUCAUUAUUUUCUCACGAAUAUAAUAAUUUUAAAUAUUUAUGUUAUUGUUUACAUGACGCAGUUUAUAUAAUUUAAACAAACUUACCUACAAUUUAUGAUUGUAAUAUUUUAUUUUAAAGCAAAUAUUAAUUGUACCAUUAUUUAUUUUUUAUCCAACGACGUUUGAGUAAUGUAUAUCAUACUGACACCAAAAACUCAAUACCGAUUGUUCCUGUAAAUAAUUUUCGCAAAUAAAUAAAUAGGUGUACAAAAUUAAUUUUAAUGUUCUAUAAAGCAUAUACUUGUAAUUUUAUUGAAACAUCGAAAUAGAUGGAAGAACUGCCAGUGAUACUAGAUCAUCUAAAAUCUACUGUAGAAUGUUUGUCUAUGUCCGCUCAAACCAAUACUUGGGAAGUAUGUGGUGGCUUAGAUCGACUACAUUCAAUUAUGAUGAAUAUUUUUAGCCACGGAUGUUUAACCAUAAAUUCAAAUGCAGAAGAUGGAAUUUGGAAUUUUAUUCAAGGAAUCAAUUGGUUGCACCCAACAAUAGCAUCAUUAUGCACAUUCUCAAGAAAUACAUGCCCUAAAAAUGAACAUUUGAAUAAAUCAUCAUUAUGGAUUUAUAAAAGUCUUGAAAACCAUUCGCUAUCUGAAAAACUUGGAUUGUUAUUGUCUGACAAAGAUCAUCUGUAUAAAUUUUAUAAGCCAGAAGCUUUUUUGUGUCAAAAGGAGUAUAGCGAUGCUGCGUUAUUAUGUCUAAGAGUUGUUGAACUGAAUCAACCGUCUUUAUUACUGGAAAUCAAUCCUAAAUUAUUUUUAAAUUAUUCAUCUAAAAGUGAACAUUGUACUACCUUGCCAAAAUCGUUAUAUAAGCAAACAUACAGUAAAUAUUUCAAACAAUUGGGUUCAUUGACAAAUCUUUUGAAGUAUAAAUCAUCUGAAAACAUCAAUGAACAUAAUAUGAAUACUGGACAUCAUAAUGAUCUACCUAAGCAUAAAAUUAAACAUUUGUGUAAAAGACAAUGCUAUAAAAGUUGGCCAAAUAUUUAUAAUAAGACAUUUGAUCAAUCAAAACUCAGGCGGUCAUUAAGUUUUGACACAAUACAAAAAUCUGACUACUCAUUAGAUUUUACACACCAGGCUACAAUAAUAGAAAACACAACACAGGUUUUGCUACCAAAGUUAUUGGAUGUCAAUUAUGAACAGCUUCUACACGAUAACGACGAUUCAAACAAACAUCAGUUAUUGAGUAGUGAUUUGCCGAAACGAAAUAAACGACGAUCAAAGUUGUUUACGCUCCCAUUAAAAAUAUUAGAAGAAUCUGACGAUGACACUCGAAGCAAUAUUUCUGAUGGAUCCAGAACUUUGAUACCUUAUGAUGAAUUUCCACCUUCAAAGUAUGUAGGGACAUUCGGAUUAGUAUCUUCAUAUUUUCCCGAUCAAGAUUUGUUCAAGUUCUUAUCUUCUGGACAGUUUCUUCAAGCCAAUGCUGAACUCGACCGUGAAAAUGCUCAUUUCAAAAUUUCCGAAGCAAUCAUUGGCACUAUUGAACAAAUCAAAUGCAAUCAAAAAUUGAAAUUCGCUGACGAAGUGAUCGACGAGAGCGAUGAAGAGAUAAACCGGUUAAAACAAAAAAUCCGUUAUCGGCGCAAACAAAAGCUGCAGAUCGAACAGACCCCGAUGGCCGGCACGUCGUCUUCCGAUUGCCUGACCGAAUCCACGAUGAGUUCUCUGACGUCUUCGUACUGCUCAACCACAUCCAGUAUGUCCACCACGGAUGAUAUGGACGAGUUCGAUUUGGACAACGACAGUAUCUGUUCGUCGAUGUUCUCUGUGUGUAGUUCGCCGGCGGGCUCGUUGUCGUACUCCAACGCAGACCGGACGCGAUCAGCUAGCGUGUGUUCGACGGUCACGGCAGAAAGUGUCGCACGGUCAUUGAUCCGCCAGAUCAGUCACAAGAACAACUGGCCCGUUGACGUUAAUGUCCAGUGGCUAAUAUCUGAAAAAGACGCCCCGCAACAGAUUUUGCCUUUACCGUCGAGCUGGCCCGUCAACCCACAUGAUCACGCCGAUGAUCGUCCGGAGGCUUCGUCUCGGUUGCGAGGCACUAGUGAUUGGGCGCCACCACGACCGCAAAUUAUAUUCACUAGUCAUCCUUCGCCAAUUAGGAAAAACAUAAUGGAACUACAAGGUUAUAGAUGUGCGGGCUGUAGCAUGAAAGUGGCAGUGAAGUACGCUUCGAAAUUCCGUUAUUGCUUUUACUUGGGUCGGUAUUUUUGCACUGGGUGUCAUGUAGAUAAAACCGCCAUCAUACCCGGUCGGGUAAUCGGAAAAUGGGACUUUUCGAAGUAUCCGGUGUCGUGUUUCUCAUUCACUCUGCUGGAGAAAAUGUUAUUCGACCCGCUGUUUAAUAUAACCGACUUGAAUAGCGUUCUGUACAAACGCGCCCGAGGCCUAGACAAAGUUCGAACAUAUCGGAUGCAAUUGUAUUACAUCAAAGAUUACAUUUUUUUAUGCAGAUACGCCGACCGAUUAAAAGAGACAUUAGAAAAUAUGGACGCCCAUAUAAUACUUAAGCCGGACUUGUAUUCCAUCCAAAAUUUGGUGGAUGUUAAAAACGGAGAACUCUGUAAAAAACUACAAAACUUAAUCGUCAUCUGUAAUAAGCACAUUAUCAAUUGUCAGUUGUGCCAAGCAAGAGGGUUUGUUUGUGAAAUAUGCAACAAGAACAAAAUACUUUUUCCUUGGGACUUCAGAUUGGUGACAAGAUGUGUGGACUGUGGGUCAUGUUAUCACAAGAAGUGUUACGAUUCGAGAAAAGUGCCAAUGUGCCCUCGGUGCCCUCGGAUUAUGGCUAUGUUUAAAAGAACAGAAAGUCAAAAUGAUCAGAGUACUGUUGUACAGUCUUGAACAAUGGCUGUGAAUUAGUUUCUUCCACACUCACCCUUAUGUAUUGAUCGUAUAUUUUUCUGAUUCUUUAUUUUUUUAUUACCUACCUUAUAGUAUUUUUUAUUCUCAUAACUAUUUAUUAUAUUGUAGAUUGUAGAACAUAAUUAUUAUUAAACAUGACAACAAUGGCAAUUAUUUAUUGUUUUUGAGUUUUACGCCCAUUUUGGCAACAAGAAAAGUAAUAAACAUCUUAUGUCAAAAUAGUAUUUAAUAUUUAAAUAACCCCCCACUAAAAAAUAAUAAUAAAAUAAACAGAUAUCACACUCCUUUUAUGGAUAAUAUGAAUUCAUUAGUUGCUUGUAUAAAAAAUAUUAUAUUUAAGCACUGCAAUUUAAGGAAACACAAGAAAGCCUAGGCUAAUUUUUAAGGUUUUAUAAAGUACUUUUUUCAUCUAACUAAGGAUUAAAAUAAACUAAAUUAACAAAGUUACAUUGUGUCAUUGUGUACUACUAUAUGUUCUACAAACUAGUUCAUAUAUAUAAAUAUAUUAUUAGUCUUAGUAAUUAAUUAUUAUCAUUAUAAUAUAUAACUGUCCUAUAAAUUAAUUGAUUUUUAUUUAAUUGCUUACACUUUUACAAAUGUGACUAUUAUGUUUAAAUUUGAAUACCAUGAUUAAGUAGACAGAUAGUUUUGUGUUUUAAAAUCUUAUACAAUUAAAUAAAAUUCAAUUAAUUUAACUGUUCAUAAUAUUAUAUUUGUCAAUACGUUUAUAGUUUGUAAGAUUUAAAUUGCUUUGUUGUGAUGAUUAUUUUUUACAACAAAUAGCAAAACUCAACUUUGUCUGGGGGUAAAGCACAAACCAAUACAGGACAAAAUAAUUAAACAUAAUAUUUAUAACUUUUUAAGUUUGAUAAAAACAAAUAUUUUUACUACUAAAUUAAAAAAACUGAAAAUUAUAUUAACUUAUUAUAUAAUAUUAUAAUGUCCAAUUACCUAUGGACCUGUUUAGAAUAUAGGUAUCUAUAUAUUAAUUAAUAUUAAUACGCAAAUGUUAUGUUCCGACUGAUCUAUUUAUAUUAUAUAUAGUUAAUAAUUAUAUCUAUAGUAUAUUUUUGUAUUUUUAAAAAUAUAGCAAUAUUUUUUUAAAAAAUUUUUUUUGAAUUAUCUGAAUCUGUCGAUUUUUUAUAUUUUUAACUAAUAAAAUAUUAAUUAUGAAGUCAUGAUUUAAAUUUCAAAUGCUCAUAAAAUUGUUAACAAAACGUUUUUAGAGAUAACUAUAAUAAAUGAAAACUUUGUAUAAACAUGUCAAUUACUAAAAACUAACAUUGCAAAUUGUACGUAAAAACCAUAGACCUAUAAACUAAUAGACAGCGCAUUCCACUCCAUCCUGCCAUCAAUGCUAAAGAAUCAUUUAACUAAGAAAGAAAGGAGAGAACGAAGUGAAAAAGAAUAUAAAAUAGUAGAUCUUGGAGGAAAUACUUCAAUUUUUUUUACCAUUUUUUUAUAUAUACCAUAAACAUAUAUAUAAUAUAAAUAAUUAAUAUAAUUAUUACCAUAGACCUACAAUUUUGGUAACCACAAAUCAGUCAUUAUGUAACCAAUACAACAAUAUAACAAUUGGCAGAUUUUAUUGCAACACAAAUUUUUAUUUUGCAGAAGUCACAAUGUAAUUUUCUACUUUGUUUCUUUUCUCGCUCACACGAUAUACCCCUAACAUCCUUCUCUAAGCGCUAUCCAUUAGUUUAUAGGUUUAUGGUAAAAACUAAAAUAUUUUGAAUUUUUUAAAUUAUCUUUAAGAAAUUUAACUAAGAAAUGCUUGAAAUUUGUUAUCAAUUAUUUUUAACUAUCCUAUACAAUAUAUCAAUGAAUGUCUGAAAAAAAAUAGUCCUUUUAAAUUUGAAAUACUUAUUAAUGUCUAAAAUAUAUUCUAUUUACUAACAUAUUAUAAAAGAUCUAAAGAUCUAUGAUAAUUUAUUAUAAAUUAUAACUAUUUGUAUUUUAUGUUAAUCUCAAUAGUAAUAAAUGAGUGCCUAUAGGUAUGUAAAUAUGAUAAUAAAAAUGUACACUGUUAUCAAAAACAGUAUUUAGACGUAUAUGAUUAAUAAUAAAUAAAGUAUUAUUUUAAAAAAAUUUAUAAAAGAUUUUUU